AUGCUAGGCCACACAGAGAUUGUCAAAACCUUGCUGGACCGAAAAGCUCAUGUCGAUGUGGCAGGUCGUGAUGGUUGGCGGCCGAUUCACCAUGCCUCCUUCGGAGGCUCCCUGGAUGUGGCCAAAUAUCUGGUUCAGUCUGGUACCAACUUGGACAUUGCCAACAACAAAGGAUACACCCCCUUACACUACGCCGCCAAGGAGGGCCACCUGGACUUUGCAAAGUACCUGGUGGAGAAUGGCGCCAACUUGAACGCAGUCGGUGGUGGCGACGGACGGUCUCCCUUGCACUUUGUCGUGUGCGCGGGUAGCCUGGAUUUGGUUGAAUAUCUGAUAAGCAAGGACGCUGACCUUGGUGCAACAACUCGCCAUGGAGUGACACCACUGCACAUGGCUGCCCACUUCGGUCACUUCGAGAUUGUCCGAUCCAUGGUGGAAACAGGCAGCAAUCUCGAGGCCGUUGACUUGAAU